AUGUCACAAUAUAGUUUUGGAAUACGUACUCCGCUGGAGUUGUACACUCACUUGAAUGAGAUUGGAUUCAACUUGACAGAGGAGGACAUUAUCAAGCCACAGCCAGAUACAAUGAGACGUAUCUAUGAGAGGUUCUUAACAGAGUCAACGGAUUACAACAGAGAGGAGAGUGCACAGAUCAAGUUCCAGGGCAUGAACCUCUUGACCAACCCAGAUAUGCACGAUGAGUCUGUUAGCGAAGUGAACUUUGUUCGUUCACUCAUCAGAUUCAUGAGAAACAUUGGUGCCGCUGACUUUGGAACGAGGGACAUAUAUAGACCAGAGUACCCGAGGACGAGGAAGGCACUCAGCGCUGUGAUCAACUUUGCCAUCUUUAGAGAGAUGCGUGUCAACAGACAUAUGGAGUUGGCCAGACGACAUGAAGACUUGGCGAUUGAGGCCAGUCGCACGAGGGAGGAGUCGGAGGAUCUGCACAAUCAAUUGGAGAUCUUGCGUGACAAACGUGAGGAUAUCGAUCGUCAAACGUUUGAUCUGCAACAGGACCUCGAUCAGCUCAACUUCAAACUGCACACAGUGAACAAGGAGCAAGCAGAGAUGGCCCGAGGCAACACUGAACUCAAGACUAUAGACGAUGAGUUGAAUCACAAGAUUGAGGAUCAUAUAUUCUCCAUAUCGACUAUCAAUCAAGAUAUUUCAAGAAUGGAGGCCAUGGUUGUAAAGUCACCAGAUAGAGUCAAACGCAUGAUUGAAGACAUGGAGAGUAGCUUGAAGAAUGAGAGGGAUCAAGUGAUAAAGGUGGAUGAGGAGAUAAAGAAGAUACAGUUCAAGUUGAACAAGGUGGAGAAGAUUGCUGGUGACAUGCAAAAGACAGAGGCAUUGGGUGAGAAGUCCAAGGUAGAGCACCACAAGUACAAGAAGGUUCGCCAAGAGUGCAAGGAGCUGCAGAAGAAGAUUGCCAAUCAACAAAAGGCUCUGAAGGAUCUUGAAGGUGUUAUAGCGAGACUGGACAAGAACAUUGAUCAUUCAAAUGACACGAUGGCCAGCAAUAGACAGAGAUUCAACAAGAACAAGGAGGACCUGAACAUCACGAUGCAAGAGGUGGAGAAUGAGAACAAGGGCUUGCGUCAGGAGGAGCAGGAGAACAAUGCUCAGGGCGAGGAGAUUGAGCGCAAGAUAGACGAGGUUCAGUUGCUCCUUGAGGAGGAGGUGCACAACAGUGAAGAGGUCCGCAGUCUCCUCUAUAGCAAGUACCAAACAUUGGUCAGUGCCAUCCUCUCAUUCCAUCAGCAGUUGGAGGACACCAUGGUGUCGCCACCCGAGAAGAUGUCUGACUGA